UCUCUUCCUCCAAAGUGGCAACAGUGAACACAAACAAGCAACAAUGAAGUAUCUGGUAAUUGUGCUUUUGGCGGCCUCCGCUUGCGCUGCUGAGAUUGAGAAGCGAGAGGCGGAUCCAGGCUAUGGCUCUUAUCGUCCUUCGUAUGGCUCUGGUUAUGGUCAUCCCUAUGGGGUGCAUCCCCACUACAAGAGGUCUGCCGAUCCAGAACCUGAGCCUGAGGCAUCUAACCCUUCCAGAGACAACCCUGUCAACCAUUUAUUUGGCGCCAAUUAUGGAAAGAGGUCUAUUGGUCCCAAUCCUUACCCUUAUGCUGAGCCUUCCUAUGACUAUGGCUACCAAUAUCCUUCCUAUUACUCCGGUUGAGGAACUUUUCCACUGAUAUCCUUCAAGCAUAACUAUGUGUUUUCUAUUGUUGCUGAUUUUGAAGUGUUUUGUGUACAGACAUACGAUCUGAAUUUAAACUACAAAACACAUUUGGUAUUGAUUCCUAUCCCACUU